AUUCGAUUAAAUGGCUGGUUGGAGGACAGCCAACUCCGACGUGAGAGUAUCUACCGCUGCUUCCGCCACCACAGUAAAAUCCAGAGGCCUGCGGAGUGUUGCAAUGCUUAUAAACGAGCAGGCUGGAGAAAUUAUCAACAGUACGAUCGAGACCAAAUCGAACCAAGUUAUCCGAACAUUCCGGAAAUGGGAUCGGCUGAAGCACUUUGCAUUGAUCUGUGCAAUACUUCCCGAUUCUUUGUGGGGUCUUGGUCGUUUAGGUAUGACGCUCAAAACGAGGGUAAGGCUUUACACAAUGUACAAAACGAUUGAAGAUUCGUUGUUCCGUAUAGCUUUAAAAGAGGAAUUAAAAAAGAUCGUGAAAGAAACUUAGGAAAUGCUGAUAUCGAACAAAAUGGAAGAUUUUGCAGAUACGGCACAAGAAACGCAGCGAACGAUUCAUGGGAAUGGACUAGCAGAAUGGGUAUUGAACAGUAAGAAAGCUAAUAGUUAACUCACGUUAUGGUGCUAAUUAAAGUAAACGACCUGUUUGACAAUAUUGAUGCCAUCGAUUAGCCAGUG